AUGGAGUCUAAUAAGCCGCCAGUACCUGAGCGCAAGAACUGGGACAAGGGGGAGUGGACGGAGAAGGCGCGCGACAAGGACCGGGAAUCGAAAGCGUUCGCCCAGGCGCGCGACAAGGCCAUGCGGGAGGGCCGUAAAUUCCGCCCCGACGACGUCAGAGUCCCCGGCGCGACCGGGUACGCGCAGGCACACGGCGUCGACAUCUCCAAGAAUCUUGGGAAGACGAUGCUGGUCUCCAAUGCGGCUGGGACGGGACAACGCGGUGCGGGGUUCUAUUGCGAGCUGUGUAAUCGGACACUCAAGGAUUCACUGAGUUACCUCGACCACCUCAACUCGAACUUUCACCUUGGCAAACUCGGCCAGUCAACACACGUUGCGCGGUCCACUGUUGCCCAAGUUCGCGCACGAAUCGCCCAGCUCCGUGAACAGUCCAAGACUAAAGUCGAUGCUAAGAACUACGACUUUAACCAGCGGCUCGAGGAGGUGCGUUCAGCCGAGAGGGAAAAGCGCGAGGCGCGACGCGACGAGAGGCGACGGAAGCGCGCAGAGGAGCGCGAGCGGGAGGAGCUUGCCCGACUUGGAGUCGAGGGCAAGCGCGGGGAGAAGGAGGUCGAGGCAGCGGUGGCCGCACAGCAGAGCAUGGAGGACAUGAUGGGCUUUGGUGGAUUCGGGGGUAGUAAACGCCAGUAA